AUGGCCAGGAGGGUAAGUACGCUGCAACAGUACUGACCGCAUGGCUAGACCUGAGCUGAUCUGACCCCAUCCACCAUCUCGUACCUUCACUCCCCCAGAAACCCAACUCGGCCAAGAACAAGAAGCAAAAGCUACAAGCCCACAGAGCGACCAAACGUGAUCAACAUGAUCAACUCACUCGGUCAACUCCCUCAACGGCUACCCUCGUCACCGCCGACGGCUCCACAGCCUCACGCUAUCGCUCCGUUCUCGCCGGACACGGUAACUUGAACGGUGGUGGUGCUGCUGCCUCAACGUCAUCGACCCACCCCAACUCGACCUCCGCGCUCGUGAGGAAACGCCAGACCUUCCCCUCGCGUCGAACACCCGAAGAGAUCGCCAAAGCGAACGGCAAGAUGAAGCUCGAAUCCCGUUUCCUCAAACUUCCCCUCGACCUCAUCCAACACUUUCGACUCGUCGCUUCGACCGAACCCCUCGAACGCCCCGUCGCUUCCGUUCGCGGCAUUCUGAAGGAAGAAGGAUUGUUGCCGCUGGAAUUCAAGGAUCUGCAGGAUCAAUUGACGUGUCCAAAGAGACCAAAAUGGAAGUAUACCAUGACCAAACUUGAAGUUGAAAAGAACGAAGGUCAGUCCGCUGCGGGCUCGCCCGAUCAAGAAGAAUCUGCCUUCACUUUGACUGACACCUCGAUUCUUCGUAGAGGGCAUGUUCAAGAAAUGGCUCGACUCGACCGACGAACUACUUGCGCAACAUGCCGAAAUGGCCCAAGCGGCUGGACCGCUUCGUACCUCGCCUUCUUUCUACGAACGUAAUCUCCAAGUUUGGCGACAGUUGUGGCGAGUCAGCGAGGCUUCGUCGAUCUUGCUCAUUCUCGUCGGUCAGUCGCCCUCCCGUCUCGCUCUCUCUCCCUCUCUUUGAUUGGGGCUGAUGAGUAUCGCGCGUGACUUGAACAGAUGUUCGCUUCCCUUUGAUCCAUUACCCGCCGGCUUUGGAACAAUACGUCAAGACUCUUCGGCCCAAGAAAAAGGUACGUCCCCGAGAAUUUUCACCCGCUGCACCGCCAAAUACCCCGCUCAAAGAAGAACGUCCGCCUCCACUGCACAGGUGAUCCUCGUCCUCACCAAAACGGACCUCGUACCCCCUUACCUCGCCACAGCCUGGACCAAAUACUUUGAAGAACGCGAAGGUCCCGAAGGAGCCCAAGUCGUCCAAAUGCAAGCUUAUCGAGAGAUCGAACGUUCGGCUUUGACUCAAGGUACUCAAGCGCGUUACGUACCUGCUGCUCCUUCGGCGAAUCGGCAGGAUUUAUUGGGCGCGUUGAAGAAGGCGCAUAAGGACUUGUUGGAACCUCCUGAGGGAGUGAGGGGGUAUCCUGAGAGAGUGGCGAGGUGGAGGCCGAGGGUGAGGAGAGGGGUGGAGUGGGAUACGGUGGAGGACGAGGAGGUUGUGAGGAAGAGGGAUGAGGAGAGAAAGAGGUUGGAACGAGGGGGUGGGGAGGAGGUGAGGUCGGGUAUUCGAGGAGGGAAGAAGAGUAGGAGGGCGAAAAAAGUCGAAGGGUUCGUGAUGAGGAAGCCGAUAGGAGAAACCGGGGAAGCUGUGGAGGAGGAAGAGGAGGAAGAGGAGGAAGAGGAGGAACAAGAAGGCGAUCCCGAUGCCGAAACCGCAGGUGAAGACGACGAAGAAUACCCUUACCUCACCAUUGGCUUGAUCGGACAACCCAACGUCGGAAAGUCAAGUCUGUUGAAUGCCCUUUUGGGGAAGAAGGUCGUCAGGGCUUCGAGGACCCCGGGCAAGACCAAGACGCUGCAGACAAUUUUCUGGAACUCGACGAUUCGGUUGUGCGAUUGUCCUGGUCAGUUACUAGGGUUUCGGGGGUGGAGAAGGGGCAUUGGGAGCUGAAAGGUUGAGUUCUCGCUACAGGGCUUGUGUGCCCUUCAUUCGCGGGUAUGGAGCGUCAAGUACUUUCGGGGAUCCUCCCUAUUCAAAACGUCAGUCUGCGGAUCAAGCAUGUAAGCUAUCACGCGCAGCGGCUGAUCGUCCUCUGUCCCAAAAGGUCGAGCCCGUGUUGCACUUUGUCGCGCAACGCAUGCCCCUCGAAAAGCCUUUAAAGAUCCAACACCCCUCCUACGACCCCAACGCAUUCGACGAUAACCCCGUUCCGGAAUGGACGACCGAUUCCCUCCUGACCGAAUACGCGCUCUCCCAAGGCUUCAUCACCGCCAAAGCGGGACGACCUGAUUUAUACCGAGCGGGCGCGUUCGUGUUGAGGCAGUUGCAUGCGAGUGGAAUCCCGUGGGGUUUUAGACCUGAUUUCAAGGAGGGGGAUGUAGGUGGGGAGGGAGGGGAGGAGGGUAUUUGGUUGAAGGGGUUUGUCGGAGGGGGAAAGGUCGGCAGUGAGAAGGAGGAGAGGAGGGGGAGGAGGUUGGUGGGAGAGGGAGAGGGGGAGGAGGAGCAGAGUGGGAGUGAAGAUGAUACGGAGGAGAGUGCGGACGACGACGACGACGAGAGUGAGGGGGAUAGUGAGGAGGUGGAGGACGAGAAGGCGGCGAGGGCCGUGUUGGGCGCUUUUGCGGCGCUGGAGGUGGAGGAUAACGAGGAGGAAGGCGGAAGUGAAGGCAGUGAAGGCAGUGAGGGCAGUGAGGGUAGCGAGGAUGAGGCGUCUGAUGCUUGA